AUGGAAUACAGCUUCGAAAAAGACCCAAGCGUUCAAGUCACCUUCCAGAAGCUCAAAUCCGCAUUCAAGGACUUCGAAGACCUCUUCUCCGGCCACGGCAAAGAGUACUUUGCCAUCAAACGCAGAAAGGGGUUCUACAUACGAGCAGACGAAGGACGUCACCCACACCAUUUCACCAUCUUGCGUGAGUUCAGUGAACCGCCACAAAUCCAAGUUCUCUGGGACUCUGCAUGGGAAGAAGAGAAGAUAGACCUCCACAGGAUAGGACUUCAACCAUGGCAGCUUGGGAUUAAAGUUCAUGGCCUUUUGAUCUUCGGAAAUGAGCUUAAAGAGGAAUUGACGAUCUUGAUCCGAUCGGACAAUGAUGGUGAAGGUACACGACUACGCGUUUCGCCUAUGGAAGAGGGAGAUAAGUAUUGUAAGAUUAUGGACUAUGUGAGAGACUCUAACAAGAAGCCCAACGACUUGCGGAAGAACAAGCGGGUUGUACCAAGGAGAUUUCUUGGAUUGGCAGAUGAGGACGAUGCAGGCGAAGCGGAGUCGAAGAAGGAGGAGGAGACAUAA